AUGAGCUUACAGAUACCCGAGAAAGAUGCUGUUAGAACUGUUACUUCCGUGACCGAAACCAGCCCAGAGGAAGAGAGGGCUCUGGUAUGGCGCCUGGAUCUAUGUUUUCUAACCGUUGGUUUUUUGGGCUACGCAUUCAAGUACCUGGACCAGACCAAUAUUAGUAAUGCCUAUGUAUCUGGCAUGGAGACAGACCUAAAUCUGUAUGGAAAUGAGCUAAACUACUUUACAACGUACUUCAAAGCAACCACUGCAAAACAGGUAUAUGGUCUUCGCUUCCUGAUCGGUUUUUUCGAAGGCGCAACUUGGCCUGGUUAUAACACCCUCAUCAGCCAAUGGUACCUACCCCAUGAGAUGGCUCUUCGGAUGAGUUUGUAUAAUAUUGCACAGCCAGUUGGUGCUAUGCUUUCUGGCGCAAUGCAGGGUGCCCUUUCAACUAACCUAGAGGGCGUUGAUGGCCGAGCGGGCUGGAGGUGGGCAUUCAUCAUAAAUGGUGUUUGCACUAUUUUCAUUGCCCUACUUGCUUUCGUUCUUUUGCCAGGUUUUCCUGAUCGGCCUAAUCCACUUGCCAAAAUAUAUCUCAGGCCGCGUGAUAUCGAGGUUGCUAAAGAGCGCAUUAUCCGAGUUGGACGUGAUCCCCAAAUCGGAAUUACGCCCAAAACUUUCCUACGUUGCUUCAAAUUUUGGCACAUCUGGGUCUUCUCAAUUGCCUGGUCUAUCGGAGGCAACACCGCCCCGUCUAACUAUUUCAACCUAUGGCUCAAGUCACUAAAGAACUCCGAUGGAACUCUUAAAUACUCUGUAGCUAUGCUCAAUUACCUGCCAAUUGUGGGUCAGGCAAUUCAACUCGUUGCAGAGCUUUUAUUCAGUGGCUUCAGUGAUUAUCUUGGCACUCGAUUGCCAUUUUUACUUCUACACUCGGUGAUCAACAUAACAUCUCUCAUCAUCUUGAUAAUUCGACCAGGAAAGGAGAGCGUUUACAUGGCUGGCUACUAUCUUAACUAUGUUGGAGCAGUUUCGACGAUGCUUCUUUGCGCCUGGGCAUCUGCCUAUCUAGAGAAAGAGCCCCAGGUUCGAACUGUUCUCUUCGCAACUGGUACCCUUUUCUCGUACCUCUUUUCUGCAUUCCUACCCAUUGCUGCGUACCCUGCCUCUGAAGCACCUCAUUGGAAGAUUGGUGCAAAACCAUAUCUUGGACUUUCGGUUAUGGCCACGGUGCUUUUCAUAUCUAUCGCUUUUAUUUUGAAGUGGCAGGUUGGUUUCUCUGAAAAUUUUAGCCGUUAA